UUUUUUUUUUUUUUUUUUUUCAAAAUGUGUAGGCCCGGCUAGUUCUGAGUCAUACAUGGCCGAGUCUUUACUGUUGCAGUUCGUAGCUCGCGGCUCUUGUUGCCUAGGGCAUGCUGUUUGUAAGCGCAAGAGAUGGAGGAGGAAGGAGGGAAAGGAAGGAAAGAAGGGAAGAAGGAAAGAAAGGAAGAAGGAAAGAAGGGAAGAAGGGAAGAAGGAGAGAAGGAGAGAAUGAGAGAGUGAGGGCCGGUCUCUGGCAGGUCCGUUGGGAGGACGAAUGACGGGCUAGGAAAUAAGGCUGCCCUGUUCAGUUGUGCUGGCCCAUAUCUUAUCCUCACACCUUCUCUUCACUACAGCCAUUCCUCCCCAUUCAGGAUCACCGCCUAAGAUCGUCGCCCUAUCCAUGAACAAGCAAUGGCACCAGGUGGGGAACUACAGGGGGUUUAACUACGAUCCAAACUACACCAGGAGACAGGACUACAUCGCCUACGACAGGAGCAACUACAACGAAAACAAACAAAACAGCUGUAGCCACCCUGCCAGCACCAGGCACAGUAAGGGCAACAACAACAACAACAACAAUUACACAGACGGCCGCUAUUCAAGAAAAAACAGCGAUAGCUCCACUCACGAGGCAUCGUUUACUACUACUCCUGCCCAGGCGCUCUCAUCCUUCACAGCAAUGCGUAGCAUCGACUACAGCACCGACUCUUCAGUCAGUUAUCCCAGUAGCAGAGCUUCACAGUCCCCCUCCGUAUCGGACGCGUCCCCACGCAGGGAUUAUGAAUACGACGAUCCAGGAUACAGCAGCGCCCGUACAGGCGCGUUCGAUGGAGCGACUUCAGAUUCAAGGGGAUACAGAGUCGACGACAGGCCACACGGUUCCGCAUAUGUCCCCCAGAAAACGGACAGCUCCAACGUGAACGAGACUGUCGACAGAGGCUUCCAAGACCUAGCAGGAAGACGCGAACAUGAAUGGAACAGACCCCCUAUAGGCAACAGCAACUCAUGGUCAUCAAACCAAGACUCCUCAGCUGGUCACUAUGAUUCUUUUCAGAGUGAUCGUGAUAAACAACAGCAGGGUAUUGAUCGCAACAACAACAUCAGCAAGCAUGGGGCCAAGGCAAAUCAAAGUACAAUUAAGUGGCCACAUGAGUUGAUGUUGUCCAGCAGUAGUUCUGUCGGCCGGUCGGACCAAAAUAUCGUGAGGAGUCCCCCUCAAUCGAGCCCCUCCAGCCGCAACUCCAGCGUUGACCCCAAACAGCACCCGACUUCGUCUACAAUGCAGCCUCCAUCACUCCAGCAAUCACCAUGGAGACAGGCACCGUUGAUUCCACAAUCAACUGAGCGUGCUCCAGUGUCCGCCGUCCUCAAGCGGGCCUUGGUCAAUCUUGCAGCAUUUUCGCAGAAAUUGCAAAGCUCGGCGGUACAGGCGGCGAAGGCAGGACGGCAUGAUCUUGUCGCCAAAAUCAACAUCUGGGUGCUAGCCAACCUGUCUCAUAUUAACGCCUACAGGGUUAUUCUGGAUAAUAUUCCCCGUGGCAUGGAUGCUGUGGAGCGGACGGAUAUUCUACUCAUUAUAAGUCAGGAAAUCAACGAAAUACGAGAACAGGCGAAGUCACAUCUUAAGUCUAUCGAGCUCAUUCGAACGAGCGAAAGCACGCUCCGAAUCAGACAAGAACCAAGCGCAUCAUCCAAGCUGCAGACAAUGUCGACGCCAGUAAAGCCUGUCGCACCACAACCUAUCACAGGACCUCUCGCAGUGCCUGAGCGCCAACCAAAGGCGGAGCCGCAAGCGACGUGGCCUGCCUGGACAAGCACGCCUGCCGUUGCCUGCUUUGUACCUACGACAGAACCUGCCAACUAUCCCGACAAGGAAAGAGUGUCCAAGCGAAUGCUCUCUGAUGAACUAGAGCAGCAGACGAUCUGUUCUCAGGAGACGAAUCCUUCUUAUACCAACCAAGGCUCAGUCAAGAAGGCCAGGACAGCUGAGCCUACAUCUGACAUUGCCUUGCUCCCUACUGAAGGGCCUUAUUCUCAAAACAUUGAAUGUAUGCACGAUACAAGAGCGCCAGUGGCAACAGCUAGCCACGAAAUCCCAGUUGUGGUGGUCGGUCCAACCGUCAGCGAAUCUAGUAAGAGUAUGUCAAGUAAUACUGCUGUCGGACCCGCGUACGGUACUGCGGUACCCUUGCCGACCUUUGAACAGCCACUGUUGCAGACAUUGUCACCAUCAGCGCCAUUUUGUCACCAAGAAACCAGUCUUCCACAGCAGCAGACAAUUCCAGUGGUGACCGUUGAUACCGUACUCGGCACUGCAACCGCAGAGGCAUCAACCAUGGUGCUACCGAUAGUUCCAAUGGUGACAGUUCCAGCGACAACAGUUCCAAUGGCGACGUCACCUUUAUCUCAAAACAGCCCAACGCCUGCAGUUGCACAAGAUUCUCAGGUCGCGGAACUCAAAGUAUUGGUAACAACAACAACAGACGCCAACAUUAUGGCAGCGAAUGACACUGCGACAUCAUCGUCCUUGGUGCAGAAUCUACAGGAGACACCUCGGACGAGUAGCGGUAGCCCUGCGCAGGACGCAGCAUCGCUCCAUCCUUCACCUUCGCAGACUGUUGAUACAGUCAAGGGGGCUGUGGAAGACACUCGUUCUUUGGGUACCAGCCAGUCUGACGUCUCUAAGGCCGCAACAACCAAAUAUCUGGAUCUCCAGCAGCAGCUCAGUAUGAUCCGUGAAGAGGCACGCGAACAGCGUGCACGGACCGAUCAGGUGAUGGCUCUUCUCCAUAAUGAAGCUCAACAGCGUCGACUGGCUGAGCAGCGGCUUGCAGAGUUGAGGGCCGAAAAUCAAGAGAAGGCAUUCGAGAUCCUUCGGAGUGAUCUUGAGGCGAAGAGAGCAGAGGCGGUGUCGAUGAUGCAUAAGGCCCAGGUUGAGAUGCAGGAGGCGGCACUAACUGUGGCAAGGACAAGAGAGGAGCGUGCGGAGGCCUUGUUUCAGGCUGCGAAGUUCGAGGCUGAGAACCAGAGGCUGCUCAGGAAGAUUAUGGAGAUGAGCUGUCGAUGUGACGGAGAAUUUCCGCCGGUGGAGAAAGCUGUACAUCCAUUGAUGGUAAUGGGUGUGGAUUAUAGUAAGGUUUGUUCAGUCCCGGAAUCUCCCCAUUCGGGCGUAACUGAGUCGUCUUCGGUGAUUGUGAGACAGGAAGGCAAUCCUUUUGCUUUCGUGAAGAAUUUGGCGACGACGGCUCCGGCAACUCCUGAAGUGGAUCCUAUUGCUGUUGAGGCUGCGACUGCUGCGACUGCUGCGACUGCUGCGGCUGCUACGGUUGCGAUUGCGGUUGAGAGCACGGAUGAGAACGUUGCUUAAGGUCCGGGACAGCAGACAGAGAGAAUGGGUUUCCUCCGUGCGUCCAGAAGGAUGUCUACGGAUUUGGAGAUUGCGUGAACGAAGCUUAUGUUUAUGCAGAACCCAUUUGGCAAGUUGCUUGGUUCUUUAUUCUUUGUAACAUACUAUUGUAUAUUUUCACGUUUUUACUGGUUUUUUAAAUAAUACUUGUACAUGC